AUGCCUUCUCUCUCACUCACUCGCACCCUCCUGCGUCCCCUCGCAACUUCUUCUUCCUCAACCUGUUCCUCGUCCAUUUCAUUCUCAACCUCUUCGAUCCGCCAAGCCCUCAAAGAAGGCGAUGCCAACAGAGACAAAGAACACAUAAGCCAAGAAUACGAAAGCGUCAAAAACGAAAACCUGCGCAAUGCCAAAGAAGGCAAAGGAGGCUGGAAAAACGAGCUGGCGAGCGAGAGCGAGGCUAGCGUGAAAGCGGAUCGCGGCGAGACGGGCAUAAAUAUAAAUUUGCAGGAGGAGAUCAAGGUCAAGGAGAAGAAGACUGAGGUUAAUAAGGGGGGAAAAUAA